AAUAGUUCAUCUGUCAAAUUUAACUGGACGUUUUUGUUUUAAUUCAGAACAAAAUCUUUCUCGCAACAGGUUAUGUGAAUAGACAAAACUCAUUUACUCCGAAGGACACAGAACUAGUUUUCGAUCGAAAAUCUUGAAAAGCGGUUUAAUGGCUGAAGCAAAGAAAUUCACAUACGCUCAAGUUAAGGAACACAACAAAGCAGAAGACUGUUGGAUGGUCAUUGACGAAAAAGUCUACGAUGUUACAAAAUUCUUGAACGAGCAUCCUGGUGGUGAAGAAGUGUUGGUUGAAGCUGCUGGAAAAAACGCUACGAAAGAGUUUAAUGACGUUGGCCACAGCGAAUCUGCAAUCGAGCAAAUGGCAAAUUACUUGGUCGGUGAAAUCGUGGACUCCGAAAAAAAGCCAAGCGGUCAAAAGAAGUCAUGGUUCCGAAAAAUAUUUUCCUAACAGCUUAACCACGCAUGCUUUGCAAUAACGUCCAAAGAUGUGCCUUGCUACUAUCCAUUCUAUUUUUUUUAUUCUUUACGAACAUGAGUUAAAACCUUUGAUUGUACCAAUACUAACUCAAUGUUUCAAUGUUUCAUGGUUUUUUCCUUUGGCCUUUUGUAUAUGUUACCAUUGAAAUUGUAGAUUUGUAAUGUAAAAUUUGAAAGUUAUUAGCGCUUAAUAUUAGUCGAAUGUCAGAAUCUCAAAGCAAUACCUAUAUAUAUAUUUUUCGAAACAAUU